UGUAGCAUCUAUCACGUUAUAGCAUUAACAUAUAUAUAGAUAUAUAGAUAUAUAAAGAUAGAUAUUUAUGUUCUGUGGCUGUGCACCGAUGAGAGACGCUAACAAUCCUGUUACCGCAGCAACCGGUCCUUAUUUUCUGAGUCUUGCUUAGCCUAUAUGCUAACAUACUGUAUAGUAUAUAAAUACAGCAAUGUGCAGCUGCUUAUAUAUACAACCAUCUAUUUCUAAUAUCUUUAACUGAGAUGUUCAUCUCUUUCACUGCUGUAAAAGGACAAUAACAUCCCUAGGGGAAGAGAAAACACCAAAUAAAACAUCAUGAAUCGCCUUUGUAACUUGAACAAUAAUUUCCCGUAUGAUAACAGUGUCCUGGCGCUGGACAUGGUUCUGCGGUCGCUAUGGGGAACCACGCAGCCAAUCAACUGGGAGAACGUAGCACGCUUAGUUCCUGGUUUCACUCCCAAAGAGUGUGCACGCAGGUUUGAUGAGCUGAAGAGCACAGGAAGUUUCCCUCUUGUAGAUGAGCAGUGUAACGCACUGACUGGGGCCAGUGGCUCUCCAUCUGAACCGCUUUCCGCUUACAUUCGAUCCACUUUAUUGGACCUCACCGGGGAGACGGGAGAGCCCCGGACCAAUCAGAGCACGCUGUCAGUAUCGGGGCUAAGUGUGACCCCGGUUGUUAGAGGAGCCGGUGCUGAGACUGAGAACACUGCGAGCACAGAGGAUGAAGUCAAGGAAGACAGAGGAAAAAGCCCUAUCAUGGUGAUCCACGUGUGUGAUGAGGCGAAGAACCUGAAGCAGGAUUUUGAGUGUCCACGCGACUUGUUGGUCAAAGAAAUGCGCUACUUCGCCGAGUACCUCUCCAUGGAUUCCCAGCGCUGGGAGGAAGUGGACAUCUCAGUGCACUGUGAUGUCCAGAUAUUCGACUGGCUCAUGAACUACGUGAAGAGUAACUCAGAGGAAGACGAACCCGUUAAACACGUUGACAAACCGACUCUGGAGCCCAGCAAUGUCAUCUCUAUCCUGAUCUCAUCUGAGUUCUUGAAGAUGGAUGCUUUAGUGGAGGAGUGUGUUCGGUAUUGUCACGAGCAUAUGAACGCCAUCGUCAGCACUCCGUGCAACAUGAGCUGCAUCAACAGCAACCUGGCUUCACGCAUCACCCUGCUGUUCACACACAACCAGGCAGACGACAUCAAGGACAAAAAGGACAAGUUUAAAAGUAAAGUGUUCCAGAAGAAGAUCGAACAGCUGUUUGAUCCGAGUUUCGAGAAUCACGAUUCUCCAGGAAAUGCCGCUACGCUGUACAGGUGUGGUCUUUGCCUUAAGCUUCUCACCAAAGACACAGAGAGGAAGAUAUCCUGCAUUCCGGGCAAAAUCAACAUAGACAAUCAUGGAGACAUUGUCUACACACACAGCAGGCAAAAGGGCUGGGACGUUCAUGAGUAUCUCAACAGCUCAUAUGAAGAGCUGAAAUCUUGGGUGCUGGUUUACUGGAGGAUCUGGGGCGUUAUUAAUUAUCUCACCUGCUCGUGCUGUAAACAGGUGUUCCUCUGCUGUGAGCUGGCCCAGUGCAGGUAUCACCCUGAGGUUGUGGUGUACCCAGUCGUGGGCGCCGAUAGCAGUGAGCAUGGUGCCGGGAUCUACCCCUGCUGCAAGCAGAGGGCACUGCGCUUUGACCCAGCUGCUAUGCCAACGGGUUGUAAGAUGAGAGACCACGUGGUAAAUGCAGCCGAACCUGGGGACUGUGAGGGCAAUGUGAACUCUGCGCAGACUCGAAUACUGAACGACCUGUUGCUCCACAGAGAUGCCGUGUGCACGAGCUCCUCAGCAGCUUCGGACAGUUCUGCAGAGUCGUCUAAACAGAGCGAGAAAGUGCUCGACUGCGACAUCACAUUGGACCAUGCGGUCCUAAAUGUUCAUCGAGCCAGAGAAGUCACUGCUUUUUCGCUGUUGAAGAACUGGAGUCUCCAGCUGCGGCAGCAGUCUUUGUUCUCUGAGGAUGAAGACUACACUACGGGGUCAGAAGUCACAGAAGACGAAGUCGGUGAUGAAGAUGACACAUCAAAGAAACAAGCUGUAAAAAAGCCUAGAAAACCAGGCAAGCCUUUGAAAAGGCAAGUGUCCUCACCGAGCAUACUGCACAAAGAGCGAGCUGGAGGAGAUAAGGGCACUUCAAAGGACACCACCCCGUUCACAGUGAGCAUGCAGAAGAGUAAAUGGGACAGCACUCGCUCUAUGAGGUUCAACCAGGAUGCCCAGAGGGAGGAAGACCAAAGGAGAAUGGUGGAGAUUAUCGACCACCUAACUAAAAUGCGCUUCUGUGAUUUGGAACAGAGCAAGUCAAAGGACACUAAGGAGUUUGCAGGAGGUAUCUACUCCAGGCUGGAGGCGCAGUUUAAGAGCUCCACUCAGCUGAGUAACAGACAGAGCGCCUCAGACAAAACACUCAGGGCAAAGACACGCUCUGGACAAUCAAGACCAACUUAAAAGAAAUAAUCAGGGAAACGGUUGUGCUGACAAGCGCGUGAAUGAAAGAAGAAAAUGGUUUGAAGAAGGGUUAAAAAAAUGUCCUUUUAAUCGUCCCUCUUAUUCGACCGACAGCCAGCCGUCCUUUUAUCCGUCCUUUUCAGGCAGUGAAGAGGUCUGCAAUAUGAUAACGGAAGCCAGUAAAAUCGUUCCCAGAGCAGAACUUGAUUAAAAUGCAGUGGAAAUGAAUAGCAUUGCAGAUGCUUUAAAAUCUUUGCCGUCUCAUUUCCAUAUUGUGCUGCUAGCUUUAUUCUUCUCCUCUUGCUUUUAUUUUGGCACCCAUAAUUCUGGUCAGUUUCAUUCUGUAACCCGUUAUAUACAGUACUGUGUGCUAACGUUCAUGUCCCUCAUGUCUAAUCUCAGGUGAACAAACCUCCACCCCUGCUAUAGUAACCUGCACCUUAAACAAUAACACAUCUAAACAAUAGAUCCAGAUCCUCUAUAAUAAAAAAAUGGAAGGUAAAUUCUAAUGUAACUGUGUUUUAUUUUUCUUUAAACCAUCAUGAAAUGCUGAAAUGUGAUGUGUGUUUGUGGAUCAUUGUUCUCUCUCUCUCUCUCUCUUUCUGUGUGUGUGUGACAGCAAUGAUGCUGUCAUUGAUGUAAUUGGAGUUCAGAGUCAUUAACUGUAGCUGACUGAAGAUUAUUUAUUGGAGAAAAGGGCACUUCUGUGGGUGAUGGUAAUCAGUUGCUGUGGGGUUUUGUCUAGUGUGAGCAGAACAGCAGCCGUUUUCACAGCCAAGUGCCAUAGUCGCUUUCCACUGAUUGCUCAAGCUUACAGUAAUGACAUCAGUGCAUAGUCAGGAUUAGCAUGAUGCUUUACCAGCAUCCGUGUUGAUUCUUUUUAUUUCUAUAAAGACCUUCUUUCAUCACUAAUACAUGCCUACACUAUAGAUUUUUACUCCAGUAAGAAUAAAAUUGACGGUACAUGCUGUUAUAGAAACAUAAUAAAGGACAGGCCAGUGUGUUAUUGCAUGUCCCGAAUAGUGCAUUACAUGAUUGACAUUUUUGUUAUUAAUUGUUUAUAGUUUGAGUUAAUGUGGAAAAUCUGCAAGACUUUGUUCCUGCUAACACUUUCAUUAUAGCAGCUAUACAGAAGUGUUUUCUGUCCAGUUUCUGUUUGUUACUCGAUUUCCCUUAAAGCUAAUUGCACAAAUAAGCUUAUGUUAGCCAAAAAACGGAAAGCACCAACUUUCCUAUGUCCAAAAAUGUACUGAGUGUUAUGGAGUGCUGAAGGUGAAGACUCCUUUAACACUAAAUAAUCAUCUCCUAGCAGAAAACCUUUCCAAACAAACAGGUUUAUUAUAGUUUAUUAUAGUCUCAGUGCUUGAUCUGUUACAAUAAUAAUAAUAAUAAUAAUAAU